CAGAGUUCAUGGCUUGCUCUCUUCCCACACAUUUAUUGUUUGUUACCUUCUGUCACACACAGAUCUCCUGCAGUUCAGGCCAGCAACAAACAGGCACUUCGUAGACCAGCAUGGACUUCAGUAAGACACUGAAAAACAAGAGGAAACGCAUUAUUAUAGGCACUUUAGCUGUAUCUGUUGUGACCAUCAUAUUAGGACUGGGUCUAGGGCUUGGACUUCAGCUGCAAAAGUGCAAGAACAAGUUGCCAGAUUCAUGUCGGAACCGCUGUUAUGAGCCGUAUGAUUAUGAGUCUCCAGGCUGUCGAUGCGAUGAUCAGUGUGUGACCAGUAACAGUUGCUGUUAUGAUUUUAAGGACAUCUGCCUUCAGCCGAUUGAGAGCUGGGAGUGUACACCAUCACGUUGUGGGGAAAAUCGUAUCUCUGGUAGUAAGUGUCAUUGCUCUUCUGACUGUGUGAGUGCUGGAGACUGCUGUACAAACUAUGGCAUUGUUUGCAAUGGAAUGACGCCAUGGGUGGAGGAUCAGUGUGUGAACAUGAACAGCCCUAAGUGUCCUGCUAAUUUUAAGAGGCAGCCUCUGUUGCUUGUCUCUCUUGAUGGAUUAAGAGCGGAGUAUCAGCACACAUGGCACUCCCUCAUUCCAGUCUUGGACAAGCUACGAAAAUGUGGGACAUCCUCUGCAUUUAUGCAGCCUGUAUUUCCAAGUAAAACCUUCCCUAACCACUAUUCCAUUGUUACGGGUCUGUACACUGAGUCUCAUGGUUUAGUGGAAAACAACAUGUAUGACCCUGAAUUUAAUGCCUCGUUCAGUCUGUCUAAUGCAGAGAAGGACAAACCCAGAUGGUACUUAGGACAACCAAUCUGGCUCACGGUGAUGGAUCAGGGUCUGCGAGCAGGAACCUUCUUCUGGCCAGGAUCAGAUGUGCAAAUAAAUGGAACUUUCCCAAAUAUAUAUGAGAAAUAUAAUGGAACAAUCCCCUUUGAGCAGAGAGUUUUCACCGUAUUGAAGUGGUUGCAGUUGCCUGAUGAUCAGCGUCCUGAUUUCUACACUCUGUAUCUGGAGGAGCCGGAUAAAUCAGGUCACAACUUCGGACCUGUUAGCGGAGGGUUGAUCAGUGCAAUCCAAGGAGUGGACAAAGUGAUUGGACAAUUGAUGAAUGGACUUAAACAGCUGAACCUUCAUGAGUGCAUUAACAUCAUCGUUGUAGCUGAUCAUGGAAUGGCAGAAAUAAGCUGUGACCGAAAGGAGACUCUACAGAAUUUCAUAGGUGAUGUUUCGCAUCUCUAUGUGAAUGAGGGACCUUUUGGUCGAAUCAGGGCAGUGAACCAAGAAGUCAGCUUUGAUCCUGCAGGCUUAGUGGCCAACCUGACGUGUAAGAAGCCUGAUCAAAAGAUAAAGCCCUACCUCAAACCUCACCUACCCAAACGUUUCCACUAUGCACACAGCAGACGCAUUGAGGACGUGAACGUGCUGGUCAACUCACUCUGGCUAUUCGAGAGGUACAAUGAGCCUACUACACACACCUUCACUGCCUGUAUGUGUGAGAAUGUCUAUAAUAUAAUGUUUAUUGUUUUCUGCAGAUAUCCAGGUUCUCUCCAAUUUUGCUCUGGUGGAAAUCACGGAUAUGACAAUGAUGACCCUAGCAUGCAGGCAAUGUUUCUUAGCUAUGGCCCCAAGUUUAAUUUUCAGACUGAGGUUGAGCCGUUCUCCAACAUUGAGCUCUAUAAUCUUAUGUGUGAUGUAUUAGAAGUCACUCCAGCUCCUAAUAAUGGGAGUCAUGGAAGUCUGAAUCAUCUGCUGCGCUCUCCACCCUACACUCCUCAACCUCCAGUGGAGCAGAGUGCACCAGGCCAGUGUCAACUAACCAGCCUGGAGCCCACCGACCAGCUCGGCUGCUCCUGCAACACCCUGGGUGGCAUCAAUCCAAACUCUCGCCUCAACCUCUCUGACACAGAAGUGGCUCAGAGUAAGAGCAAACACCUGCUGUUCGGCCAACCCCUAAUGCUGCAGUCCAACUCAGAUUACUGUCUCCUGCACCAUCACGGAUUCAUCAGUGCCUACAGCAAAUCCAAGCUCAUGCCUCUCUGGAGCUCUUUCACUGUAGAGAAACAGGCCGGAGGUGAUUCUGGCUCUUUGCCCGCAGUGAUACCAGACUGUCUGAGAGCUGAUGUGAGAAUCCAAGCCGAUCAGAGUCCUACAUGUAACCAGUACAACAGCAGCACAAAUGUUACAUAUGCCUUCCUCUAUCCACCCAAUCUUAACAGCACAGCUGAAGAGCAGUAUGAUGGUCUGACUUUAAGUAAUGUGGUUCCCAUGUACCCAGCAUUUAAGAGAGUGUGGCAGUAUUUCCACAAUGUUUUGCUGCUGAAGUAUUCCUUGCAGUAUAACGGCAUAAACGUGGUGACAGGACCUGCGUUUGAUUAUAACUUUGAUGGCCAGUUUGACACUGCAGACCAAAUCAAGCAGUUUGUUACAGGCACUCAUAUCCCCAUCCCCACUCAUUACUUUGCCAUCUUGACAAGCUGCUUGGACUCAAAUCAGCCAGUGAACGAGUGUCAGGGAGAAUUACACACAGUGUCGUUUCUGAUGCCACACCGACCUGACAAUUCUGAGAGCUGCUUGAGCAACCAGGAUGAGUCGAAUUGGGUGGAAGACUUGCUUUGGUUCCACCAGUCACGAGUCAGAGACGUUGAAUGGAUCACGGGAUUGGAUUUCUAUGAGAAAAGCGGCCGACCAAUCCCUGAGAUUCUGCGGCUAAAGACCCGCCCUACAGCUGCCAUUCACCGGAAGCAGUGAUUUCUUACAUUAUUUAUAUAGUCAUGAAAUAGCUCAUGAAAUAUAGACUUUAUUGAUUAAAGGAACCAAAAUACUCACCAGCUCCAUGUGAGUCAGUGAACACAAGCUCAAUGUGAGUUUAUUGGUCAUGCUUUCAUAAUCAGAUUAUUUUUCAAGUUUUUUAUCAUUAUCUAAUCAUUUUCUGCUACCUGAGUGAAUACCAACAUGGCUUUCUGGCCCUUACUUGUAAAAUAUAUAUA